ACCCCUCUUAAAACCAGCUUUUCGAUCUCUCAUUAUUUGUUUCUGCCGACCGUCUAGUCAUGGCGAAGCCCAACGAACACUUCCCAGGGAAGCAGAUCCACCGGGCGUGGUGGAAGGAAUGCUCUGUUUACCAGAUCUACCCGGCCUCGUUCAAGGACUCCAACGAUGACGGAAUCGGUGAUAUUCCCGGUAUCAUUUCCAAGCUGGAUCACAUCAAGCAGCUGGGCGCGGAUAUUGUCUGGUUGUGUCCGUCGUACAAGUCGCCGCAGGUGGAUAUGGGGUACGACAUUUCCGAUUACUACAGCAUCGCGGACGAAUAUGGGACGGUCGCGGAUGUCGAGCGCUUGAUCCAGGGCUGCCACGACCGAGGCAUGAAACUGCUCAUGGACCUGGUCGCCAAUCAUACGAGCGACCAGCAUGAAUGGUUCAAGCAGUCGCGGAGCUCCAAGGACAAUGAAUAUCGUAACUGGUAUAUCUGGAAGCCCCCUCGCUACGAUGAGAAUGGAAACCGACAGCCUCCGAACAACUGGCUAUCUCACUUUCAAGGCAGCGCCUGGGAAUGGGACGAGGGCACCGGCGAAUACUAUCUCCACCUGUAUGCCACCGAACAACCUGACCUGAAUUGGGAACACCCUCCGGUCCGCGAGGCGGUCCACGACAUCAUGCGUUUCUGGCUCGACAAGGGCGCCGACGGAUUCCGUAUGGACGUGGUGAACUUCAUUAGCAAGGACCAGCGCUUCCCUGACGGCCCUGUGACGGAACCGCAGAGCAAGUGGCAAUGGGGUCACAUGUGGUACGCCAAUGGGCCUCGCCUCCAUGAAUAUCUGCAGGGUAUGGGUAAGAUUUUGAAGGAAUACGACGCCUUUAGUGUUGGCGAGAUGCCAUUUGCCAAGGAUAUCGAGGAUGUGCUCAAGGCUGUACGCUUUGAUCGGGGUGAGAUCGGCAUGAUUUUCCAGUUCGACCAUGUCGACAUCGACCACGGCGUCUUCGACAAGUUUGUGCCCGGUUCAUGGAAGCUUACCGACCUCAAGUUCCUGUUCGAGACUUGGCAGAAGUUCAUGUACGCCAACGACGGCUGGAACGCCCUGUACUGGGAGAACCACGACCAGCCGCGGUCCAUCGACAGGUAUACGAACGCCACCGAGGAAAACAGCCUGAUCGCCUCCAAGAUGCUGGCGACGGUCCUUGCCCUGCAGGCCGGCACUCCCUUCAUCUACCAAGGCCAGGAGCUGGGGAUGAGGAACGUGCCCCUUGCAUGGGGGAUGGACGAAUACAAGGACAUUGACUGUCUUAACCACUGGAGGGGUCUUCUGAGAGAUAAACCCGACAACCUUGAAGCGCAAAAGGUCGCCCGACAGGAAUACCAGAAGAAAUCGCGCGACAAUGCCCGCACGCCUAUGCAGUGGUCCUCUGCCCCGAACGCAGGCUGGACCUCCCCCGACGUCAAGCCCUGGAUGUCCGUGAUCCCGAACUACGAGCGUAUCAACGCCGAGGCCCAAGUGUCAGACCCGGACUCGACCUUCAACUACUGGCGGUCCGUGCUCGCCCUGCGCAAGAAGUACCUCGACGUCUUCGUGUACGGCGACUACGUGCUUCUCGACCGGUUCAGCCAGGAGGUCUUCUCGUACACGCGCCAGUACGACAACCAACAGGCGCUGGUGCUCUGUAACUGGACCGACCGCUCGCUGGAGUGGGAUCCUGCGGCUAACGGCGUCAAGGGCGUCGAGGAAGUCUUGCUAAACAGCUACGAGGGGAUUGACGAAGCCGCUAAGCGCUUUACAGGGGCGAAGUGGCCGCUGCGUCCGUAUGAGGCGGUGGUGAUGCUCGUGAAGCCAUAAGAUUGUUGAAUAACUGUCUAUAGCCAGACUAAACCAACUAGACAUUCAUAGAGAUGACGGUUA